GUCGUUCCCUUUCUCCCACCAUCUCCACCUAUGUCAGCACAUAAAUAUUGGUGUAGUUUGUAAUAAGAAACAGGUUUUGGAGAUGACAGUCUAUAAAUUAUAUUGAUAGUUGAAGUGUGUAGCGCAGUAAACCAGUUGAAGUGUGUGUCGGGCUUCUGUGAUGUCGACAAUGACAAGCCUGCACUAUGUCUGUACACAAAUAACUUAACACUAUUCUCUCCAAACGCAACUAGGAGUUUUUCCACAUUGUGAGGAAUUCGUACAGGAAUAGAUAUAGUGAAUUCUAACGUAAGGAAUAAAGGAUAUAGUUAAGUGUUAGAAAUACUGUGUUUAUUGUGCAGUACUUUGGAGUAAGUUUAAGAGAACUAAGGUUUUCCAUGGUCAGCUGGUCAGUGUAGUAGUUAGCAAUGCUGAAGUGGACGAAGGUGGAAAGUAAACCGAUGAGUGGGGCGGUGAAGCCAAGGGCGCCCGCCCCGAACUCCACUCCACCGGCCUUGUCAAAGGAUGGCGAGGUCAACGGGGGCGUGGUGCAGAACGGGAAGACGCCGCCGCUCCAGCAGAGCUCCUCGGAAGUCAGCUUUGACGACCAGGGCUCUGACCGUGUGGAUGGAAACGUCACUCUGGAUGUGAUCUUACCCAACGGCCAAAGAACGGAUAUAAUUGUCGAUUAUAGCACUCCUAUGCUAGAUCUUUUGGUCUGUCUUGCUGGCAAGUGCAAGAUGAGUCCCACAGGGCUGACCCUGCAGAUUUUGUCUGAAGAGAAUGGCCAACCUUUAACUUAUAAACCCAAUCAGAUGGUUGGCUCUUUGGGUGGCAGAGUGGUACGCAUAGUCAGCAAAGAGGAACUGAGUGGAAAAUCUAAAAAUAAGAAACCGGAAAAACAAUUUGAGAUUACACAACGCUUCACAAUAAAUCUUCUUCGAGGUCAGAAAACUGUCCUAAGGGUUAGUCCUUUGAAAACAUUAGCAGACAUUGUGUCAGAAGUCUGUCAGGAUAAAGGUCUUGACCCACGCAGACAUAUCUUGCAGCUUCCAGGAAAUCCAGGAAUUCCAGUUGACCUUAGUUUGACAGUGAAACAAAUAGACAUCUAUGAAAUGAACCUGGUCUCAUUGGGCUUGGAAGAAAGGAAUCAUACUUCCUCUAUGCCCAAUUUAACACACGUUGCACCUACAGAAGACAGAUUACAUCCUCAGUCUUCUACACGAGAAGUUAAGAAAAAGAAAGGAUUUCUCUCAUUCCUUAAAAAGGAUAAAAAACCUAAAUUAAGUGUUCAAGUGAAUGUAGAUUCAAAUCAAAAUGUCAGCACAUUACAAACUCACAAGGCCACUACCCCACCCAGUCAAAGGUAUGGUCUUUCCUCUGAGAAAGAGACAGUAAGACCUAAAUCCAUGUUCAUAUCAGGGUCUCAGAAAUUAGAGGACAGUAUUUCUGAACCAUCAAAAGACAAAAUCCAAGCAUUACCCCGCAAAAAGAGGCAGGCCCCUGCACCACCUGUCCCGCCUCAAGCUCAGUCUUCUCUGAAUGUCAUCAACAAAGAAAUCAGCAAAGACAAUGCUGUUGUAUCUAAUAUUAUGCAUAAUAAUAAUAACCAACAAACAAUAUCUCCCAUAACCAAUAGAGAUGAAAUCUUACCGUUGCCGCAGGGCAGUCGGGAAGACUUGCUCAAUAGACUUCACUCACGGAACAGUUCAGACUCUAGUGGAUAUCAUGAAAUCACACUGAGUGGUUGUGAAUCCCCUGAAGCCACUCAUCAUAAUGCCUCUAAAUUUAAAAUUAGCAUUGAUGCUACUUCUAUUGAAAGUGCUGAACAUUUAAAUGGUGAUGGAAAUGUUCAGGACUUGCCCUCUAGAAUUUCUCCAAUAAUUGAAGUUCAGGAAAGAACUGAGGUGCCUUCUAAAAAGUCUACAUCUUCAAGCACGGGUACAUUGCCUUCCAUGAAAAAGAAAAAAGCACCAGCACCUCCUCCACCACCUACAGUAAAACCACUAGCAACUUCAUCACCCACACCACCAGCAGACUCUUCACAAAUUGUAGUGAAGGCUGACAUAUCACAUAUACCUGCUGCUCUUUCGGACAAAGAAAACACUCAAUCAUUAUCUGUGGCUGUUUCAAAUAAUGAUAGGACAGCUCUUCCAUUACACCAAACAGAUGACAUUGUAGACAGUGUCACAAGUUUAUCAGUUUCAGUCACCCAAACACCAGAAGUUGAAGUUGCAGUCCAGUCCCAAACAAAUGAACAAGUCACUGCAACUCAACCAGUAACAAAAGUUAAAGAGGAUUCUUUACAUGAUGAAUUCAAAGUUGUUGACAUUGUUGAAAAUGUUGAAGAGAAAAAAGAUGUAGAAAAGAAAGAAAAUGUUGAUGAGAAGACAAACAAUGUGGCCAUAGAGUCUGGAGAACAUUUUGAUAUCAAUGACAUCUUGGAAAGUAUUGUGUUUGAUGAGGAGCCAAAAUCACUUGAUUUACGAAUUUCUUCUUACCAAUCAACGAAUGAUGAGGUGGAGGAGAAUGACAAGGAGACCAUGCUAAUGAUGGAGACAUCCUCUGUGACAAGUGAAGACAUUGAAGAGUUGGUAAUAUCCUCUAGCCUGGAGCGGCCAUGUGCAUUUAUUCCCCCUCCUCCUCCAACUGAGCCACCCCCUCCCGAGGAUGUUGAGGAAGGAUAUGAAGGCUAUGAGCCUGUGUUUGUGGACAAGGGCACGGAAGUGAAUGAUGACAAUACAUCCCUGGCACCACUAAGUGCCAAGAGCUCACCUAGUACAGCUCACAAAAAGAGAGAUAGCAUCGUCAGCUUGUCAUCUAUAGACACCAUUGAAAGCCUGAGUCUUGACUUUGAACAAGCCAUCCUACUAGGCGAGGAAGCAUGUUUUGCUGAAAUGGAAGUGACAUCACCAGGCUAUAAAAAUGAAAUGGCGUUGUUUGUCGAGCGAAUGAGUAAAAUAGCUAUGCAGAGUAAUCACGAGACAUCAGAUGACACCACAAGUAUAUCCGUUCUCAGCUCUGAUACAAAUUCAGACACUGGUUCUGUCAUCAGGCAUUUUCGGUCAGAUUCCAAGGACUCUAAAUCUGAAUCUGAGCCUAGUUCCUUGACGAGGAUAGAAGGGAAAAAGAUUGGGAGUGUUAUGGGUAUAGGUUUCAAUCUUGAGAAUGAUUGGCAUGAAGUGCCAAUGCCAGGGAUGGAAAUUCACACAGAUGCACUUCCUCCACCUCCUGAAUUUAAUGAUGAAUGUAUGAAUAAUGACUUAGAUCUGGUCAAAAAAGUGUCUGUGGAAAAUGAGGAAGAAGAAGAAUACAAAGAGACAAUUGAGGAAUUGAUUGUUCCUCUUGGACCUAAUGGCUAUGAUUUUAAAGAAGCUAAAAAAAUCUCAGUUGAAGAGCCAAAACUAAACAUUAAAGCAGGAUCAGUUUCAAAAGAAAAUAUUUCUGGGGUUUUCCGAGCUGAGCCACUGGCUAUCUCCUCAAUGCCACAUCUCCCCACACUUGUACAUCAUAACAAGCCAAAAACUACAGAACCUCACAAAGUGCAGAAGGAAGAAUUUAUAUUGACCAAUGAAGACUUGUCCAGCAUCUCAUUCUUGCCCCCAAAAGUAUUAAAAGCCAAAGUCCCAGUUGAAACAACACCUCUCGUCAAAGUAUCCAGAAGUUCUGUGUUGUUGGACAAUAGUGGAAGUCUAAAUAUCAAAACUUCAGAACCAGAAAAACCUUUAAAAGACGUGAUAGUUCAGGCCACAAAUAGAUCUUCAGUUUCUGUGAAAACAUUUCCUUUAAAUAGCUUACCAGCAAUGAGGGUGAGUCGAUUGGAGGAAUUUACAGAUGAUGAUCCUUCUAACCACAAAACUAGUGACCCUGUGGCUAAGAGGUCUGCUCCUCGACUGCUUGUGAAGGCCUCUGUCAGCAACAUGAAACCUUCUUAUGAUGACAUUGAUGGAGGAGUGAGUGGACCUGGCUCAGUGACACAGAUAAGCACAGAUUCCUUGGAUCCCAGGAGAUUGUCACAGUCAAAUACAUCUCCUGAGAGCCCAGAUCAAGGGGAAUCAUUUGCUACACUUAAAGCACAGUUAUCACAGUGGGAAGACCAGCUGGCCAAAAACAAAAAUCUUGUAUCCAAGGUCAUUCAUAAAGAGCCUACUAAAGAAAACGCCCCUGAAAAUGUGUUUCAAGAGAAGACUCAAACUAAAAGUUUGUUGAGUUUAGUAAAAGUUUCAAAAGCCACAGAACAAAGUAAAGUUGAAGUGAAAGCUGCUGCUACUGCAGUUCCACCUCCCCCUCCUUUUGUACAGCUGAAAAAAGUUGGAUCGGAAUCAGUGAAAUCAAAGCCACAGCCGAAAUCAAAGUUUCAGAAAGAGUUAGAUCCCAGGGAGCAGUUAAUGUUUGCUAUUCGAAACUUUAAUAGUAAAGAAAGCUUAAAAACCGUUCCUGUCAAACAGACUCAUUGGGUUUAAGGACAGUCAUUGCUUGCCGGACUGAAAAAGUGUUCUUAAUUAUGAUUUUUUUUUCCAUAAGUGAACAAUAAAUUAUAAAUCGAUUAAUUAUGUCAGAAUGUAACUUUUUUUUUUCAGUGUAUGUUAUACUAUACAGUGUUAUACACUUCAAAUUUAUUGGUGUACAUUUAUUUAUUCAGCCUAUAACCACUGGUAUUACACACCAGAUACAAAGAAAUAUUUAUAUAUUUAUAAAUUUGUAUUUUAUCCCAUUGUAUAAGUAUAACAUUGUAACAGUGAUUUAUAUUUUGUAAAAUAUAUUUCAUACUUAUUAUGUAUCAACUUUGUAUGUUAUUAACGCAUGCAUAUAUUAUUGAAUUUACUCGCCUACUUGAUAUUCAAAGACAAUUUUUUCCAAUAAUUAAUAAUAGUUAACAUAUUCCUUCAAUUAGAACAUUUAUGUGCAUAAAACAAAUAUUUUGUUAUAUCUACUUCACUGUAUGUUUCAUACAUCUAAGAAUUUGUUGCUAAAAUGUCAGUGCUUAAAACUUUGUGUUUACAUAAUAGAAUGCCUUGAGCAUAUUUUAAUUAGUUUGCCAGUUUAGCACUUCAUAAUUAUUGAAAGAAACUCAUAAGAUCAGUUAUCUGGAUUUUGGGGUGCAGUGACUGAGUGGUUAAGUUCUUUGCUUCUGAACCUGGGGUACUGGGUUUGAAUCUUGGUGAAAACUGAGAUUUUGAAUUUCAGGAUUUUUAGUGCACUCCUGAGUCCACCCAACUCUAAUGAGUACCUGAUUUAAUUUGGGGAAAAUAAAGACGUUUGUUUGUUGUGCUGGUAGCAUAACACCCUGCUCUUUAACCAUUAGCCAAUGAAAGCGGUGACCUUAACAUCAUUAGCCAUAUAGACUGAUAGGGGAACUUUACUUUUAAUCUGAAUUUAGAAUAGCAAUAAUUCUGAAUACAAAUAAAUAAUGAAUUAGAAACUGUAUGUGCAAUGAAUUUUCAAAGAAAAUUGAUUGCACAAAAAGUGAGUCAACAGGCAAAAAUAUCUUGUUAAUUUUUUUUUGUUUAUCGUUUCCUGAUUUUUUUUUCAUUAUUCUUAAACAGUAUGACUUUUGUAAAUCAUGUCUUUCAUGUUAUUUGAAUAUAUCAAACUGGACACAUCUUAAUCUGCAUGUGUGCAGUAUUGCAUAUUUACUCUGUGUCAACACCCAGAACAAGGAUUCAGUCCAGAACAAGGAACUGAAUCCUUGUUCUCCUUUGCCCAUAUGGAGAAGAAACAAAAUGAAGUUUGAUUGAUUAAACCUUAAAUGUGUUUAGAUCUUUUUCUAAAAGAAGUUGACAUAAAUGAAUUAUAAUCAGCUUACAUUUAUAUAUCAAUUAUUUAUUAACCAAUAUAAGAUAUAUGUAAAGAAAGUAAGUUUGUAUCAGAAUAUCUAUAGAUCUCUCUAUAUAUAAUGGUCAAUAUUCUGAAUUUGAGAAAUAAUUAGUGCACAAAAAUAAAACAGAAACAACUUAGUUUUUUCUUUCAAUGAAUUAUUUAAUUCUGUUGACCAAUUGAAAUACUGCAAAGCCAGCCUUAUACAUUUAGUGGAAUUCCCAUGAAAAUAAUUAUAUAUUAAUUAAUACAUUAAUUUAUUUUAAUUACAAAAAAUAUUAAUUUCAUUAAUCUUUAUCUAAAACAAUUUUAAAUAACUGUUUUUAUAAAAUGAUUGGGGUCUACAUAUUUUUAAGCAUAUAAUAUCUUUGCUAUGAUUAUUUUGGCUAUUCAGCAAAUUAUAUUCCAUAUUUAAUAUCUUCAAAAAAUUGUGUUUCUAGAUAUCUAUAUUGGUCCUUAAAUUUGCUAAGUCUCAGUGAGACCUUAUGUUAAGGAAAGUAAUCUAAGUCUAGUCAAAUUUCAACUCUUAAAAGAGUUUAAAGAUAUAUAUUAUCUAGAGACACAUGAACAUUGCAUUUGAAAAAAAAGAAUACUUACAAAUUUCUUGUGAUUCAAUUCAAACAUGUUUUCUUGCAAAUGAAAAUGUAUUCAUCCCAGUUUUGUUUUGUUGUGUUGCUAUGAAAUACAAAAUCUUUCAUCUAUAUUUAAUAAAAGGAUCAUUUCCAGUAUAUUCUAUAAA